UACCAAUCGCGCCGCAUCGCGUCGACCCUCUUGGAGGUUUCAUUACAAACACGCAGUCGGUACGUUCGAUUGCAUCUCUUUUCUUUUUUCUCUUUUUUCUUACUUCCUCUAUCUUGUCAUUCUAAACGACCGAUUUCUUGCCUUUCGCGGAAUAGAUUAGAAUUUGGUACAUUGGUUUAAUAAAAAAAUUAUUUGUGCGAUACACCCUUCUCAUCUCCAUUGAAGAAGGGAAGAGCACUGCAUGUGCAUACGAAACAGCAACCUCCUAUCUUACAAGAAGCGAUGUAAAGCAGACGAUUGGCGGAGCAAUGUAGUAUAAAGGCACCAUGUUCCUGUUGCUGUCAGUGCACGGAAGGAGGCAGUAGCCAAAGGCAUUCUCUGAUCCCUACCGAGAGACUACCUUUCGAUACAAGCACAUUCAACUUUUUUCCAAGUAAACAUACUGCGGAUCAUGAAGAGGCCCUCCAUCAGCAAGACAUUUAUGUGGACGUUUUGCCUGACCAUCCUUUUAUUUCUGCCGACGAGAACAAACGCCCUGGAGGAGAAUUGUACGGAUUUUCAGGGUGGCACUGUCAAACACGGCCUCCUUUACGUGCCAGGACCUGCAGUUUGCAGUCUCUGCGUCUGCUAUCAUUCCGAGCCUAUGUGGUGUCAAGCCAUUUAUUGUACGCCACCAUACAAAUGCAAAAGAUUCCGCGUGGGUGAACGCUGCUGUGAAUUUGAGUGUCUCGACGAUAGUGACGAUUGGAGUGGCCCGGAUGUGUACGACGCUGGCGGAUCGUCCAAGAUCCAAGAGCAGAGUUCUGUCCUGUACCUAUUGAGCAUAAUAUUGACCGCGUUAUCGAUAGUGCCUUAAUUACGAUCAGACGAGAUCCGCAUUGCAAUUAUCGUCGCCAUAAACCCUUAUCGGAUAUAAUUCGCGAAGAAUUCGUCCGUUAGUGAUAUUGGUGAAGAUAAUAUAUGAUGAUGACGACAGGAUUACGUACAAAGAAACGACUCGAAGCAGAUUUAUUUCAUACUGCGAAUACGCAGUAUUUUGGCGAACAGCAUAUUCUUCACCCGAUGUAGCAAUUAAGACGUCCAUGUAGCGCGAGCUUAGUUAAGGGCGGAGGGAGAGAGAGAGAGAGAGAGAGAGAGAGAGAGAGAG